AUGGACAGGAAGAACCGCAUUUCACGGAUCUACAGGAUAGUGCUCUCUAGGCCACGACACCCGAUGGCAAAUGACUAGCACGAUUUCCCUGAGAUGCACCUCCCCUGCAGGCGCACACGCGAUGCCAUGAGGUAGACGAACACUUCAUAUGCACGCCAUGCCAUGAGGUGUGCUGAUCUACCUGUCUUCAGCGUGUAACGGUGUUCACCACAUCUAGGGAGCCCGUGCUCACUCGUGAAGGUCGGCAGCACACACACGGUGCGUACCUACCACCUGGCUAUCCUGGAUCUUUGUCCAGUCGCUGCGACUGCGGGCGCCCCUGAUCAACAUGCAUCAUGCAGGUCAACCAACAAUGAGGACGGCUUCACCACGCCAGGUAGGUGUGUUCAUAUACCACACCUCACACGCCCCUCUUAAUUAAUCCAGCCUGCCUGCCUGCCUCCAUCUAUCCAUUGCUGCCCUCCCGCUUGUGUAAUUAAUGCGGCUGGCUACAGGCCAGUCGUGAACAACACGCAGCCACAGCCAACCAGUCCCCUGACCCCGCAGCGGCAGCUCCCAGCGGCUCAGAUGCAAACAAGGCAUGCAUCUUUCAACAACACGGACAACCAGCGAGAAGCGAGUUGCGCCGCACCAACGGCGGGCGAGAGAGGCAAGUUUACGUGGGCAGGAGGGCGAGGAGGAUGGCAUGGCUGGUGAUGGGUCCCCCAUGGGCCCGGCCGACGGGCAUCGACGGACGAGGGCCGCUGGGGCGGCAGGGGCGCCGUCGUCAGUCACCGAAUUUCUCGAGUAUAUAAGACACAUACAUAGACGGGCAGUGGGAGCCACGAGUGCACUCGUGUCCUGUAUGUAUUUGUGUGUAUGUCUGUGGUUGCGUCAGUGUCUGACGAGCACGAGCACGAGCACGAUGGUGAGGACGGCAAGAUGGCGGAUGGGGAUAUGGAAAAGGACGGUAGGCAGGCACCAGGAAGCACCCGAUGCAUGCCGCUGGUUUUUCCCAUACGUACGUGUUGUGUGUGUAUGUCAGACGUGGCUAUAGAGGCAUCACUGGCUGCUGCUGCUGCUGCUGUUACUGCUGGUCGACAUUAA